UUAACGCGGUGAAACUUUUACACCGGAUCAGUGUUUAUGCUGUGUGUGUUAUUUUCCGAGAAGAAGAUGUGUCAUGUGCAGCAAGGGACCCAGAGAGCGUUGACUUUCUAAAUAAAUCAUUUAUAACCUGUGGGAACAUCCUGAAGCUGAAAGGAAAGAGGGUGAAAAUCCCGACGUGUUUUCUGUUUGAGAUAGGUAGGUAUGUUCCCAGAUGCCCUGGAGGCCGUAGGACAGGUGGAGGGUUUGACACUGUCCCCUCCCCAGACUCUUCCAGACCCUGAUGAUGAUGUGGAUUUGGGCACUGAAAUAAAAAGACGAGGCAGAUAUCGGCAUAGCUUACAGAUACUGAAGCCCUUCCGGAUCACGCACAAACAUCAGCACCCUGUGGACAAUGCAGGAUUUUUCUCCUUUAUGACCCUGCAAUGGCUGUCCCCUCUGGCAUGGAGCGCCCACAAAGCGUCAUGUCUCAAAAUGGAAGAUGUGUGGGGUCUGUCUUGCCACGAGGCCUCAGAAACAAACUGUCAAAGACUGGAGUGGAUGUGGCACGAGGAGCUCAAGCGGCGGGGGAAGGACGGGUCGUCUCUGUCCCGGGUUUUCUGGAGGUUCUGUCAGACCCGUAUGCUGGUGGCCAUCUUCUCCCUGCUCAUCACCAUGGUGGCUGGAUUUGUUGGAUCUGCUCUGCUGGUCCGAGCCCUGCUCGAGUAUUCUCAAUGCUCAGAGGUGAAGCUGCUGUACGGCCUGGCUUUGGUCGGGGGGAUUUUCCUCAUGGAACUGACACGCUCCUGGUCUCUGGCUUUAGUGUGGGCUGUCAACUACCGCACGGCCGCACGCCUCAGGGGAGCCGCGCUCACUUUUGCCUUCCAGAAGAUCCUCCGACUGCGCAGUACUAAAGACGUCAGCACGGGAGAGCUGGUAAACAUUUGCUCCAGUGAUGGACAGCGUCUGUAUGAAGCGGUCUCAGUGGGCUGUCUGCUGGCCGGAGGGCCUCUUGUUGGAAUUCUGGGUCUGUCAUACACCACCUAUUUCUUAGGACCAACUGCACUCGUGGGAUCAGCCAUUUUUGUCAUCUUUUAUCCCACCAUGAUGCUGGCCUCCCGCAUGACAGCGUAUUUCCGUAAGAAGUGUGUGGGGGUUACGGACCAGCGCGUCCGACUGAUGAACGAGAUUCUGGGUUGUAUUAAGUUCAUUAAGAUGUACUGCUGGGAGACGGCGUUUUCCCACAACAUUCAAAAGGUCCGAUCAGAAGAGAGGAGGAUACUGGAGUGGGCCGGCUGUGUUCAGAGCCUGACGGUGGGCGUAGCUCCAGUCGUGGUGGUGAUAGCCAGCGUGUGCACGUUCACUCUUCACAUGGCUCUGGGUUAUGAUCUCACGGCAGCACAGGCCUUCACCGUUGUUGCUGUUUUCAACUCCAUGACCUUUGCUCUAAAGGUCACGCCCUUGGCAGUGCGUGCUUUAUCCGAGGGCUCCGUGGCUGUGAAACGAUUUCAGAAGCUCUUCAUGAUGGAGGAUAGGGAGCUGAUCUCGGUCAAAACAGAAGAUCCCUAUAAUGCGGUGGAGUUUCAAGAUGCCACACUGGCCUGGGAGAAGACCUGCGGCUCACAGAGGAAAAACAGCCGAGUUCAGCAGAAAAGAGGAGGCAUGAGGAGGCUUUUGAGGAGGGAGAAACUGAGCUUGUACAUCAGCACAGAGGAGAGUAAAGGAAAGAGCGAGGAACCCAACGCAGAGCACCUUCUGACACACAUGGAGCAGGAGAGCCCGCAGAGCACCAUCUCCUCAUCCCAGAGCAUCCGACCGCCGCUGCACAAAACCCUGCACCGCAUAGACCUGAGCAUCCGCAAGGGCUCACUGUUGGGGGUUUGUGGCGGAGUCGGCAGUGGAAAGAGCUCACUGUUAUCUGCUCUCCUGGGACAGAUGACCCUUCUUGGCGGCUCAGUAGCUGUAAAUGGAGGAUUUGCAUAUGUUGCUCAACAGGCUUGGAUCCUCAACGAUUCCCUCAGAGAGAACAUCCUGUUUGGAAAACAAUAUGUUGAGGAAAAGUACAAUGCUGUUCUGGAAGCAUGCUGUUUAUUCCCUGAUAUUACUCAACUACCAUAUGGCGAUAUGACUGAGAUCGGAGAGAGAGGAGCCAACCUGAGCGGCGGCCAGCGGCAGAGAGUGAGUCUGGCACGUGCGCUGUACAGCGAGAGACCCAUCCUUCUGCUCGAUGACCCCCUCAGCGCCGUAGACACUCGUGUGGGCUCACACCUAUUCCACAGCGCCAUCCGCUCCGCUGCCAAGGGCAGGACUGUCAUCUUCGUCACGCACCAACUGCAGUACUUGCCAGAGUGUGAUGAGUUGGUGUUAAUGAAGGACGGCCAGAUAGCAGAGCACGGCACACACACCCAGCUGAUGGAGAAAGGCCGAGACUACGCUGCCCUUUUCAACAGCGUGCAGCAAGAGAGCCUGGUGAGGAAGAACCUGAAAAACAAGCAGAGGGCAGAGGAGGAGAGCAGCCCGCAGUCCCUUCAUGUCAAUGACGCAGCCAAGCCGCACGCCGAGAGCAGUAAAGGAGAGCAGCUCAUGCAGGCGGAGGAAAAGGGGACCGGGGCCGUGGCCUGGCCCGUGUAUGCUGCUUACAUCAAGGCUGCCGGAGGCCCUCUGGCCUUCAUUGUGAACAUCCUCCUCUUCCUCUUCACCACAGGCAGUAUCGCCUUCAGCAACUGGUGGCUGAGUCACUGGAUCAGGCAGGGCAGCGGGAAUUCCUCGCUGCUGCAGGGGAACGAGACCGCCGGGAGCGAUAGCAUGCGGCUGAAUCCACACAUACAGUACUACUCCAGGGUGUACGUCUUAUCCAUGGGGGCGGCGCUCUUCCUGAAGACCAUGCGAGGGCUGGUGUUCGUCAAGUGCACUGUGCGGGCAGCCUCGGUUCUGCAUGAUAAACUAUUUAAGACUCUACUUCUGAGCCCCAUGCGCUUUUUCGACACAACACCCCUGGGACGCAUUCUCAUCCGAUUCUCCAGGGACAUGGAUGAGGUUGACGUGCGGCUGGCUAUGCAAGCCGAAAUGCUGCUUCAGAAUGUGACACUAGUGCUGUUCUGUCUGGCAAUGGUGGGCAUCGUGUUUCCAUGGUUCCUGUUCUCCAUCAUUCCUUUAGGGGCGUUCCUCUUCAUUGUCAACCGAAUCUCCAGGGUUCUCAUUCGUGAGCUGAAGCGCCUGGAAAAUAUCAGCCAAUCCCCUUUCACCUCUCAUAUCACCAGCAGUCUGCAAGGACUGUCCACUAUCUAUGCUUACGGCAGGGGUGCUGACUUCAUACACAGGAAUCAAGCCCUGCUUGACACAAACCAAGCGUGUCACUAUCUGUUCAGCUGUGCUAUGCGUUGGCUGGCUGUUCGUCUGGAUCUUAUCAGUAUUUCUCUCAUCACCACUAUAGCCCUCCUCAUCGUCUUAAUGCACGGCAACAUUCCCCCUGCCUACGCGGGCCUGGCCAUCUCCUACGCUGUACAGCUGACUGGCCUGUUUCAGUUCACCGUGAGGCUCCUUUCUGAAACCGAAGCCCGAUUUACCUCAGUGGAGCGGAUCAAUCAUUACAUAAAGAACCUGGAAAGCGAAGGUCCUCGACAGAUCGCCGGAUCCUCCGCUCCUGCUUCCAGCUGGCCAGCGGGUGGACGAAUCACCUUCCAGAAUGUAGAAAUGCGGUAUCGGGAUGGCCUUCCUCUGGUUCUGAAGAAUCUCUCCUUUAGCGUUCUUCCAGAGGAGACCGUAGGGAUAGUUGGCAGAACGGGCUCAGGGAAAUCUUCACUGGGUGUUGCACUCUUCAGACUAGUGGAGCUCAGCUGUGGAUCAAUCGUCAUUGACGGUGUCAACAUCGCUCACAUUGGUCUGGAGGACUUGAGGAGCAAGCUGUCAGUCAUCCCCCAAGAGCCGGUUCUUUUCAUUGGUACUGUCAGAUCAAAUCUGGAUCCCUGGGAUCACUAUACUGAUGCACAGAUCUGGGAAGCACUGGAGAAAACGCACAUUAAGGACAUGGUUAACCAGUUGCCCAAUUCACUGCAUUCAGAAGUGACAGAUAAUGGAGAGAACUUCUCAGUGGGAGAGAGACAACUUCUAUGUGUGGCCAGAGCUCUUCUAAGACACAGCAAGAUCCUGCUCUUAGAUGAGGCAACCGCUGCUAUCGACACAGAGACGGACCGCCUCAUACAGGACACUAUCCGCAGCUCUUUCAGCGGCUGCACCACUCUAGUGAUUGCCCAUCGCCUCAACACUGUGCUGAACUGUAACAGGAUCAUGGUCCUGGACCAGGGGCAGAUUUUGGAGUUUGACACCCCUUCAAACUUGCUGGCCAAUGAAAACUCAUGUUUCCAUGCCAUGAUGGUGGCAGCAGAAGAAACGCUCACCUGUAAGGACUAAGCAGGCGUUGAUCACACGGACCCUCUGCUCAACGAAAACAUUCAGAGGGACGAGAGGCCCUCCAACCUGCUGCUGAGAAGAUGUAUACCAGAUGCAGAGUAAAAAUCCUUCAAGCUGCUGAAACUGAGAUUUUCCGUUUGUUUGUUAUACUUUAAGAUAAUGAUGAUAAUGUUGUUGUUCGCACACUGAGAGAUUUUGAGUUCAUACGGUAUAUGAUGUCAUGAAGGACAUCUUUCCAAUGGAAACAUUUAUGUUGAUGGCACUUUAUUUGUGUUGAUGUGUGAAUAAUCCUGCCUGCCAGAGAGGCGACCUGACUCUUGCGGUCAGUCCAAACAAGUGUUGAUUGAGUGCAUUUCUCUUACUGGACUAGAUCUUCUGCCUGUGUUUGGUAGAAGUAAAUUUAGCACACUGAUAAAUGUAAUUUAUUGACGGUUUCAUUUAUUUGCUAUAAUUCAUGUUGGGCUCUAUAAAGUAUGCAAGAUAUGUAUUGACCAUAAGGUAUUAUUGAAUUGCCUUAUAUGUAUCUGACGUUUUCAUGCAUGUUAUUAAUCCAACCAAAGAUGACAUUCAAAUCAGUCACACAUAUCAAUCAUUCCAGAGAUCAGCACCAAAAAAGAGAAAUGUGUUUUAUUUUCAUUCUUAUUUUUUGUUGUUGUUGUCACUCAUGCUGUGUAAGUUAUGUGCCUCUGCUGUUAUAUAUUUGAUGGAUAUCUGUCAAAAGCAUUGUGCAAUUAGUGUUUUAGAGA